UGCUCCUCUAGCCACCACCACAGCAAGCACCACCAUUCUUAACCAUUCUCUCAACUUUCACUUGCAAAGCUUUUCAUUGCUUAACAAUGGCUGCUUCAACAAUGGCUCUCUCUUCACCGUCAUUGGCGGGCCAAGCAAUCAAGCUUUCCCCCUCCACCCCUGACCUUUUCGGUGGAAGGAUUUCCAUGAGGAAAACAACCUCUAAGUCUGUUUCCUCUGGAAGCCCAUGGUACGGCCCGGACCGUGUUAAGUACUUGGGCCCAUUCUCUGGUGAGGCACCAUCGUACCUCACCGGUGAAUUCCCAGGUGACUAUGGCUGGGAUACUGCUGGGCUCUCCGCUGACCCAGAGACUUUUGCCAAAAACCGUGAACUUGAAGUCAUCCACUCCAGAUGGGCCAUGUUGGGAGCCUUGGGCUGUGUUUUCCCCGAACUCUUGUCCCGUAAUGGUGUCAAGUUCGGCGAGGCUGUGUGGUUUAAGGCUGGCUCUCAGAUAUUCAGUGAGGGUGGGCUUGACUACUUGGGCAAUCCAAACCUGGUCCACGCACAGAGCAUCCUUGCUAUCUGGGCCUCUCAAGUUAUCUUAAUGGGUGCCGUUGAGGGUUACCGUAUUGCCGGUGGGCCUCUCGGUGAGGUGACUGACCCAAUUUACCCAGGUGGAAGCUUCGACCCAUUGGGCCUUGCUGAUGACCCAGAGGCUUUCGCUGAGUUGAAGGUGAAAGAACUGAAAAACGGUAGAUUAGCCAUGUUCUCCAUGUUCGGUUUCUUUGUUCAAGCGAUUGUUACCGGAAAGGGACCCCUGGAAAACCUCGCCGACCACCUUGCUGACCCAGUCAACAACAAUGCUUGGGCAUAUGCUACAAACUUUGUCCCUGGAAAGUGAGAAAAAAUAAAUUAAAUUAAAUUAAAACAGUGAGAAACUACCACUGGAGUGUGACUUUCAAGUUUUUAUGCAAUGAAAUAUAUAUUGGAUGCAAAAAAUAUGUCUUUUUUAUAUGUUUC